AUGUUUGUGGAUAAAGUAACUCUAUCACAGUUAUCAGAGGAUGUACCAUCAAUUAGUGAAUUUUAUGCGGAUCAAAACAUUCUGAUUACGGGCGGUACUGGUUUAAUGGGAAAAGUUUUAAUUGAGAAAUUACUUCGUUCAUGUCCAAAAAUUAAGGGCAUUUGUUUAUUAUUGCGUUCGAAGAAAAAUUAUACGGAUGAAGAAAGAUUAAAUAAAAUGUUUAAUAUACCUUUAUUUGACAGAUUAAAAGAAGAAUAUCCAGAUUCAAAAUCAAAAGUAAAAGUAAUUAAAGGAGAUGUCAGCGAAUUAGAAUAUGGUUUAUCUGAUUCUGAUUUGAAAUUUAUAAUUCAUGAAAUAAACAUUGUAUUCCAUGUGGCAGCAUCUGUUCGAUUUGAUGAUUCUUUGAAGGAUGCUAUUUUAAUUAAUACACGAGGAACUAGAGAAAUGUUAAAAAUACUUAAACGAAUGCAAAAUUUAAAGGUUUUCCUGUAUACCUCAACCACUUAUUGUAAUAUUGAUAAAGACGUAGACGCAAUCGAAGAAAGAGUUUAUAAGGCAACAACGGAUUGGAAAACUAUGAUUAAAGCAGCUGAAAAUAUGGAUGAAUAUGUGCUCAAUUUUCUUGAAUCAAAAAUUUUAAAUAAGUAUCCCAACACGUAUACUUUUUCAAAAAAUCUUGCUGAAGAAGUUAUCUUUGAAAGUUGUGAAGAUAUACCAACAGUUAUAUUUCGUCCUACAGUCGUGGUUAGUUCGAUGAAGGAACCAAUGCCUGGAUGGAUUGAUAACUACAAUGGACCAAUGGGUCUAGUUACAGGAGUUCAGACUGGCGUACUUCAUACAGUUUUAAUAGACGGUGAUAAGAAUAUAGAUUGGGUACCUGUUGACAUAGCAAUAAAAGGAAUGAUAACAUCAGCAUGGUAUAAGGCUUUAGAACAAACUGAUCGUAAUAAAUGCUUAGUAAUUAACUCAUCAACCAGUGAUUUUGUAAAUUUUAAUAAUAGCGUAUUGAUGAAUCUUGGCAUUAGUAAAAUAGUAAAAAAUCCACCGAAUCAACUAUUAUGGUAUCCAUUUUGCUUUUACACGUCAAAUAAAUAUUUAUAUUGGUUUUAUUAUGUAACACUGCACUUGAUUCCAGCAAUAUUUUUAAAUGUUUUAUUGAAAAUAAGUAAUCAGAGAUUAAAAUUAUUUAAAUUAUAUCGCCGAGUAUUUUAUGCAAAUAUGAAGCUUGCACCGUUCAUGUUAAAUGAAUGGAGAUUUAAAAAUGAUAAUUUUAAAUCUUUACAUGCAAUAUUGAAACCAGAGGAUAUUGAAAAAUUCUCGAUAGAUUAUUCUGGGCAUUCGGGUUACAUCGCAGAGCAAUUUGAAAUUCGACUAGAGGGUUCAAUACGGUAUCUAUUAAAAGAAAAGAACUUUUCAAAAGCAACAUAUGAAAAACGAAUGUUUAAUUUAAAAAUGUAAGAUGUUACUUUUAUGUCCUUUUAUAUGAUUCUUCCAUGACGCGUUAACACGAUCAGAAAAUACUCAUUUUUAAAACGGAUGCUAUCUCUGUACUUCGCUUUAAAAGUGCAUUAUCUGAUCACAUUAUUUCGUGACCACGGCCAUUAUUGUAAUGAAAGCAAUUCUCGCUACUUAGUAACAGGGGCUGUCAGUAAUUGUAGGUUCCGCAUAACCAUAAAAUGCAGUAGAGAGUGAAUCUUCGAGUUCAACUCUUAGAUAACUCAUGAUCAAAAUAGGUAUUGAUAUCCGUAGGGACUUAUGAUUAGGAGAGUAAAAAUGUUUGAACUCUUGAA